AUGUUUAGUGAGCUGAUCGAAAAUAAAAAGCUGUGCUCAGUUCCUGAUCACAAAACAAAACAAUGCACUUUUGAAUUAGUUGUUCUGGAUGAAACAACUCGUAAAAGGAACGUUGAGCGUCAUUUGAAUGAACUUGAACGCGACAACUAUGCAGAAGUCCCAGGCUUGGAAAUAACAGGAACUUUGUCCAAACCACGAAGAACUUCAGAAGUUGAUUUGAAUCAAAAUGGUCAAAAAAAGAAGGCACGGACCAAAAAAGAACUGAUUAAACAGUUGUGCGUGAAGAAAAACCUGAAUUUGCUGCUUGAAGAAUCGCGAAUUGAAUUACUCCCACCCGAUACGCCGACGUAUUUGACAUCAGCAGCGGCGCCUUCUAGGUAUCCUCCGCGCAAAUUCUGCUCAAUUGUUCGACUUGAACUUUAUGUGAUUCAGAAUGAUUAUUUUACUCUGUUAAGUGCCGAGGCGUAUUUUAACUUAGGUUCGUUUAAUGAUAAUCUAUUGCCCAAAACAGAAAACGCAAAUCAAAGUUAUGAUCUGAUCGUUUCUACACAUUUGGGCUAG